CUUGCUUUUUUCUCACCUCGCCUUUUCGCAGUGAGUUCCAUUCAAGGCUCGUAAGUGCGUCGCCUCGCAUACCAUUGACAUUUUCAGAACGAAAAAAAAAAGCAUCGUUCUCCAAAAUCCCAAGAUGGUGUCUAUAACCACAGUUGCUUCUAUUGCGAUCAAAAUAUUUAAAGUGGUACUCAAUUUGAUAAUUAUCAUACUGUAUAGAGUUGGUUACGGAGGUAAAUUUUUGGGUGUCGGUGGAACAUGGAAUAUAAACGAAUCAAAAAAUCCAGACGUCGAAAUAGUGGCUUCAGGAGUUUUUGUAGGAUUCUUCAUUUACACAAUGACAGUUCUUAUCAGCUAUUGCUUUGGCUCCAUGGAACACAAAAAGACUCUUGUGGAAAUGAUCAUGAACUUUGUGGGGAUGUUCAUGUUCAUCGCCGUCGGAGCAACAGCUUUGCAUUACUGGCAUGGAUACAUGGAUGAGUACAAGUACUUGUUAUUCUCGAGUGAACGACAGGUUGGUCUUGCACUUGGAUCAUUGUGCGCGCUCGAAGGCGCGGCAUACCUUGUCGAUCUUAUUCUGACCUGCUCACAUUUUGUCAAAGAAGAAUUUGCAUAAGCAUUUUUAGAACGAACUCUUCGAGCAAUUUGAUUCUUGAGUGAACUUUGAGCUCUAAUGUAUCUAUCGUUUAUUUAUUAGUAAUCUAUCGACGAGUAUCUUUUCAUGCGAAGACUCCGUUUCGUAUUACAUUUAUUUUCUACGUUGCAAAGAUGAUUGUCACAGAGUACAACUAUACUAUAGAAUUGUUUUUAGACAUACCAACAAUCAAUUUCUUGUUUAUCGUUUCUCUUCGUGCAUAUUUUUAUAUUUGUAAAUCUAGAUUAGGCUUGCGCAUUUGAACGAUAGUAUUUUUACUGGCGUACGGACAAUUUUGCACGAUUUUAUUAUACACUCAAAUUCUUGUGUACAAAAAUAUAGUGUAAGAAUUGAUACACGCUGAUUCACGGCAAGUUACCGUGCACAAUAAUAAAGCUUUGCACAAUUGUUCGGGCGCCUUUCUACUUUUAAACUACUUUAUUUUUCACUUUUUUACAUUGCUGAAUUUGUAUUCUACAUUUCAUUGUAUUUUUUUCUUGUCGACUGUAUCAAUAGAAAUAAAAAGUAAUGAAU